CUCAAAUGCCGUAAAGCAGCAGUCGCAAAACUUCAAAAUGGCGACCUCCUUUGCGCAACGUUAUUUACUUUCUCGUUCAUUUAUUUACCAUCUAAUAUCUCAACAUGCGAGAUUCAAGAGUGCUAAAACCAGCAGUUUCUUAAAACAGGUCAUCUAUUCAAGUCUUGGCUACACGUUGCGAAGAGACAAUUCACAGGUUGCCAGAGUACAUAUUCCUAUCGAUCGGCUCAAAGUAUCGUACUGUCGAAGCGGUGGUGCUGGAGGACAGCAUGUCAACAAAGUCAACACAAAAGCGGAGAUCCGAUUCCAUGUGCAGACAGCGGACUGGAUCCCACUAGAUGUUCGACAAAAAAUCAUUGAAUUGAAGAGCAAGAACCGCAUCAACAAGGCAGGGGAGCUUCUGGUGACGUCGGAGCUCAGCAGGAGCCAGCGGCGAAACCUUGAGGACUGCAUCGACAAGAUCUCCACCAUCAUCGCUGAGGCCAGCGAGAAGCCGCGCGAGCCCACGCCUGAGGACAUUGCCCUGCGGGCUGUCAGACUAAAGAAGAUGAACAAAGAGCGACUGCAACAGAAGAAGCUCCACUCAACCAUCAAGCAGAGCAGACGCGUCGAUUUCGACUAAUAAUGACCUAGGAAUAGAAUAUUAUUUAAGGUUAUUUGUACCUCAAGAUUCGGAAAGAAUGUGUAUUUAAAGGGAAGGCCGCCAGGGGGCGCUGGAGGGCCCACCAACUGGUUCUAAAGUGUUUCAAAACAUUGUAUAUUUUAAGCUUUCAUCAUGCAAUACCAUUGUAAAAAAUGUAUAUAUUUAAUAAAUGAUUAUUGUACACCGUAAAAUCUAAA